GUUUAACACCGGAACGGUGGCUACAAGAGUAGUCGUGGUUGCGAGAGACCGGUUUCAGUUCUGUCUAGUUGAUGGCAGAUCUCGCACAAAUAGAGAAGUGUACAAUGAAAAGUUGUGUGAUGGUUCAACUGAUUUCGUUGACCAUCAAGGCGGGGUGUUAGACUUUGUUGCACACCGCAUGUACACGUAUAGAGCCUGUAUAGUUUCAAGUCACUUUGAUGUGUAGUAUCUGUUCUUAUCAGAUCAACCGCCAUAGCGCUCGGGUUCAAAAGAAAGCUGCUGCCUAACAAGAACUCAGAAGUACGUGGCUCGGCAGUUGACAGAGUUGAGCAAACCUCGAGUGUGGACCUGAGUGUUCGGCUUGAUGCAUGCUACAUGGAUGCCAUCACUUGUACACAAGACUUGGACUACUUCACAAGCAAACGCAUUGCUACAGAGAAAGCCUGUGGAAGUUGGUUGGAUUUGAUCGCCUGUAAUUGGACUGCAACGAAAGUUGGAGCCCAGAUCUGCAGUGAUCUUCGUGGGGACCCCAGUGGUGAGAGUGCGAUUGAAACAUUGAAGGCAUGCUUUGGCACCAAGAGCCCGAACACUUUGUUGAAGCGUGCUUCAUCGUUGAAGAGGUUUUUCAAGUGGCAUUCCGGGCAUUGUAGAGAAAGAGACGUUCAUGUUGAGCCAAUUCCCCUGGUUGAAGAAGAUGUUUGGAAAUACUUUCACUAUUUGAGAGCUGACCGUGUAGCAGAAGGCCGAGGUUACACUACGCCUGGAUCUUUCCUUGAAACAGUGAGGUUCACCAAAUUCACGGUUGGGUUGAAAGGUUCUGAAGAUGUCCUGGAGUCAGGGAGGCUGAUUGGCUUUGCAGCUCCUGAACGACGUGAGAAAAGACCAACCCGCCAGGCACCUCCAAUGGAAGUUGAGCAUCUUCGUAGGCUACAUGACAUUUUAGCAAGUGAUGCGAAUCUGACUAACAGGCUAGGUGCUGGCACUUUCCUUGUUUGCAUUUAUGCUAGAGCCCGUUGGUCAGACAUCCGCUUCAUUCACCACGUUGAGAUUGAGGCCAAGCGAAACGGCUGUUUUGUCAUUUAUACAACUGAGCACAAGACUUCGCAAGUUGGCUUGAGACGAGAGCAGUACUUACCGCUGGUGGUGCCAUGGGAUGGUGUGGUACAUAUGGAUUGGUUGAAAAUUUACUUUGAGCUUUACAAGCAAGCAGGCCUCAAUAUCAGCAAUGUGCCUUUAGGUCCUUUGUUACCUGCACCGAAGAUUGGAGGAGGAUUUGGAGCAAGGCCAUUGAGUACACCGGAGGCCUCAGCCUGGCUCAAACUCUUGCUUAGAGGCACGACAAACUCGGAGAGGUUCCUUGUUGAGCUGGUGCGCACGCUCGGGUAUGGAUCGUGAAGUCAGGGCUGUGCUAGGACACCAUUGUCGUUUAUGCCAGAGAGCUUCAGACAAGGCCCAUUCGGAAACUGCAAAUGCUGUUAAAGAACAUCCGUCUUGGAAUGAGUUUUGAGGACAUCGCAGAGCAUGGCGCAUUGAUUUCGACCACACCGUGUGUUCUGCCACCGAGGCCCUGUGCUUAUAUCCCGCCUUUGUUGCAAGGACCUCCUGUUCACGAGAAAGAAGCUUUGUCAGCUCGUGUCGACGAAGUCGAUGGGGCUGCUGAGAUUAUGAACCUCGAGGAGGACCUGAGGAGCGUGAAAGAAGAACAUGAUCUUGAGAGAGAAAGUUUGUCACUGGCUGAACAGCUAAGUCUUUUCCCAUUAGGUGUAGUCAAUGGAGGCCUCAUUGAAAUUGAGUCUUCGAGCGGCAGUGAUUCAGAGUCGAGCUCUGACACAAGCGAUGAAGAGCCUGGAGCACGAAGUCGCGAGCCAGAGAGCUAUGCUGAGCGAGUGCCAAAUGGGCAGACCUAUAUGCGAAACACCAAGAGCGGCCUGGUGCACAGCGCUAAGACUUCAGGAGAGUUCACAAAGUGUGGCAUCAAGGUUGCAGGGCAUUUUGCUGCGCUAGAAAAGUUCAUCCAUGUCAAGAUGCCGAAGUGCCUGAAUUGUUUCCCAAAGGAUCCCGACCGGAUUCGCAAGCUAGAUGACCUGGUAACACACUUGGACUUGGCCGUAAGCGGGCAAGGGACAAGAACAAAGAGUAGGCGUUCCGCCUUGAGAGAAAAGUUGCGGAGAGCCGUAUCAAGUUCCGUGACGGUCAC